AUGCUCGAUGGCCUCCAACCACUUUUGAGGAGGCGGGUGUGCGACGCGUUCGAUUCAUCUCAGCUCAGUUCAGAUUCAUCUCAGCUCAGUUCAGAUCGAUCUCAGCUCAGUUCAGAUCCAUCUCAGCUCAGUUCAGAUCCAUCUCAGCUCAGUUCAGAUCCAUCUCAGCUCAGUUCAAAUCCAUCUCAGCUCAGUUCAGAUCCAUCUCAGCUCAGUUCAGAUCCAUCUCAGCUCAGUUCAGAUCCAUCUCAGCUCAGUUCAGAUCCAUAUCAGCUCAGUUCAGUUUCAUCUCAGCUCAGUUCAGAUCCAUCUCAGCUCAGUUCAGAUCCAUCUCAGCUCAGUUCAGAUCCAUCUCAGCUCAGUUCAGAUCCAUCUCAGCUCAGUUCAGAUCCAUCUCAGCUCAGUUCAGAUUCAUCUCAGCUCAGUUCAGAUUCAUCUCAGCUCAGUUCAGAUCCAUCUCAGCUCAGUUCAGAAAUAUACAGCUUCUCUUUCCCUAAAUUUAAAAGAUUCCCAGCCAGCUGA